AUGGUUCCGCAGUCCCCCAGUACGCCUUCGUCCUCCCACGCAUAUCCAUUCCGCACCCCUGCCUCUGCUUUCCACCGGGCCGAGUCCCUGCGUAACACACUCCCGGCUUCUGACGCCCAUGUCGAGAUGAAGGUCUGCAACGUCUUCGCGGCUAUGAAGAAGGAAGGGCUUAACCUUGAGCUCUUUCUUGAUCUCAUUUUCUGGGGUCAUAAUGGCUGCACGAGUAACUCAACUGUGGUUUAUGAGCGAAGCGAGUUCAUGAACAGUCCAACCUUUGCGACGGUCCUGUCUCGUUGGUGGUCUCCUCCUACUAGAGCGGCUGGUCAUCAACCCGCUCUCCAGGCUUUUGCCGUUGAUUCCACCACCUCCUUGCUUAGUCAGGAAAUCACUUCCCUCUCAUCCAUCCUCUCCCCACCCCCUGAUGGUCUCUCCAAGAAGAACCUCACAGACAUCAACCUCCGUGACAUUGGAGAGCAUGUGAAAUCCCGCGACGGUGCUCCACAUCUAUGGCGUCUCCUCGAGAGCCUCGCAUCCACGCCUAGGCAGCAACGAGAGAACAAGGUAAAGGAUCCAUUCCAGGUCGUGCUCAUGAACAUUGUCAUGAUGUCAUACUCCCGCUCGAGUCAUGUCUCACGUGUCAAUCGUUGGUGGUCUGUCUAUCUGAAGCUCUGCGGCCUCAGCGCUCGGGCUUUUGAUGCGCUCCAUGCUCUUGGUAUCACGAUGAGCCACAAGUGGACCGCCAACGCGUUUAUGAAGAUAGCAAAUGCAGCAAAAGCGGAACGAAUGGCUGCAAUCAGCGACAAGCCUUACUUCGCCUCCCACGAUAACCUUAACAUUCCAUUGCGCGUCUUCUCUCAACGUCUCGCCAACAAGAACCACUUCAUCAACGCCACCGCAGCCACUAUCUGGGUACUUCCCAAGUCAGCAUUCGACCAUCUCCCCCCAGACCUUCACAGCCUUAUCCAGACGAAGCGAGCAGAGGGUUACAAAACCCCAUUUAACAUGACCGAGGUUGCUUUAGACAUAUCUGCUGAGGCUGCUUCGCGCCUCGACGCACAGGCCAAAUCACGCAUCCUACGCUUCCUUCUCGAGUCUCCUGCCUUCGUCGACUACCCUCACCGUUCCAAUCCCCUCCUCAUCAACACCAUGAACCCCCCUCCUGUCGAUCUCCUCGCUUGUGGCCAUGAAAAUGCCAUUGAACAACACUUUCUCGAGACAGUGGAAGUGGACGAGUCCAGCUACAAUGGUACCAAACAACUAUUUGAGAAGGAGUUCGCUUCACAGCUUGGUGUCUUCACUGAAGAACACAGACGCAACAUGGGUCGCAACCGCAAGAUUCCUUGGGUUGGUGAUCAACUCUCUGUAGAUCGCACUCGAGGUGUUCAACGCCAUCGGCAUGAUGACGUGAACUCCUUUGAGCGUCUCGACUGGGUUGAAACCCAGUUCGGAUGGUUUCACGCUCUCAUGGCAACAGGAAACUCACUGCACAAGCAGUACCUUGGGACAUCAGCAGGUAUCGGGCUCCGCAAGGCUUUCGACAUCCUCGGUCGAAAGGGUCUAAUCAAGCAGGAAACAAAGGGGGUCUUCUGGCAUCAUCUCGAUGAAGCUCUGUGGCAUAUCGGUGAAGCCAACUUCCUAGCUCUGUGGUGCACAGUUGGUCAGGUUGACAGUCUGGACGAACUGAAGUCGAAGUCACCCCACCAAAUCCUUGAUAAUCUCGACACCAUCCUAUCCCAGCACACCUCAUACACUGCACUCAUUCUCGCCCGAAACCAGCCUGAUAAUCAACGUGAUCUCGUCAAGGAGCAGAUGAUGAUGUUUAGCAUCGACAUUCUCCCCUACUUUGACCUCCGAGAAGCCAUCCGGUGCGGUGAUGUGGGACGGAUGCAAGACCUCCUUCCAACUCUCCUUUUUCGCUUUUCUGGGGGUGGGAACAACAAGUAUGCGGCAGAGAUCUUGGAGCUUCUGCAGAAGAUUCAUUGCGAGUGGCCGGAGCCCUGGAAGAACUAUAUGAUCCGACACUGUUGGCUGAUCAAUCGGACGGGAAAGCGAGAUGGCUUCCUUCCUGUAGACCUAGGCCAAGAGCAAAACAUACGGGACAUCAAGGUUACAUGGCGGUCGUUUGGACCCGGUGCAAACUUUGACUACAUCCAGAAGGUGUCCCCCGCAAUCCCUCUCCUCCGUGCCGUCCGUGACAGUGUCCGAGAUCAGUUCUCAACCAUUCUCGGGAGAGGAACACGACAUGGAACUCCCUCAAAAGAUGCCGAUGUGAAGAAGGUACUUGAUAUGUACCUGAGGUCAAACAUGCACAAGUACCAGGCCGAGCGAAAGAGCAAGGACGAUCCUGCGGCAGACAUAGUCACACGUGGGGCCGACAAAAUGGGAACUGAGUCUACGAUCAAGACAUGGUGGGUUCAUCGGAGCCUCGAGCGGUCUAUCGAAGAGAUCUACGCAGACGAUAUACAGGAUUCCGACGAGGAGAUGGACAACACAGAUGGGGUGGAGACUGCAGACAUGAUGGCGGAGACUGCGGACACGGCGGCAGCAGCGGUGGCAGUGGCGACAACGGAGGAUGCGGAUGCGGACGCAGACGUGGACGCGGACGCGGCAGUGACGGAGGAUGCGGACAAGGCAGUUGAGACUACGGACGCAGCAGCGACGGAGGACGUGGAUAGUAUGGAUAUGGACUAG